GUGGAGCGAGGUGGUUUUCGAGAGGUUCCUAAUUGAGUCAGUGCUUUGCAUUAUAACUCAAUGCUCUCCAUAAAACUGAGAUAUGCCCACUGUUGAGAGUGAAGCCAAAGUGAAGACAAAAGUUCGCUUUGAGGAAUUGCUUAAGGCCCACAAUGAUCUAAGACGUGAAAGGAAAAAACUGAAGAAAAAAAUUGGCAAAUCUGGAGAAAAACUCUCACUUGACGCUGUUAGAAGCAAUCUUCAGAAAAUUAAAGAAACUGAAAGUGAUUAUAUAAGUGCUGCUAACAUCAAUAAUCCAGAUAAGACCAUGCGAGUCCCUAAAAACAAACCGAGGAAUCUAACGUCAGCCGCUGAAAACCCAGAUGAUGAUGUUAGUGUAGAGGAAGACACGCAAGAAAAGGCAACUAAAAAGGCUGUAAAGACAGCGCUCCAGGUGACUGCACAAGAAGUGGAACUGGAAACUCCUGAGAAGAAGGGGGAUUCCACACCUCAGAAAGCACCGACCAAGUCACAGCCAGGUGCCACCCCUCAGAAAAGUGAGAGGGCCAAGGAAGAAAGAGAAAAUAACAGUUUAGAUGAGGAAGAUGAGCUGAUGCAGGUAUACCAGCUCCAAGUGGCUGAAGAAAUGGCGAAGGAGAUUAAGAAGAAAAUCAGAAAGAAACUCAAAGAGCAGUUGACUUACUUUCCCUCAGAUACUUCACUGCACGAUGACAAAUUGAGCGGUGAAAAAAGAAAAAAGAAAAAGAAAGUUCCAAUUCUGCCUAAAUCUGAAACAAGUACAUUGGUCGUCUCUGAUGACCCAGUCGAAGCUGAACAAAAGGAAUCUCCAGUUGGAGUAGUUACUUCAGAUUCUCAUCAAGAUGAUGAAAUAAGCUCAGUGGAACAAAAUGUAGACAACAACAUGCAAGAUGACACAAAAUCCAAGCUGAAAAAAAAGAAAAAGAAGGCUAAAGCAGUUUCAGAUGAUAAUGAAGACACUGAUGGCGAUGGUGUUCAUGAAAUAACAAGCCGAGAUAGUCCAGUUUAUCCCAAAUGUUUGCUUGAUGAUGACCUUGUCCUGGGAGUUUACAUUCACCGAACUGAUCGACUUAAGUCAGAUUUUAUGAUAUCUCACCCGAUGGUGAAAAUUCAUGUGGUUGAUGAGAAUACUGGUCAAUAUGUCAAGAAAGAUGAUAGUGAACGGCCUGUUUCAUCUUACUAUGAAAAAGAAAGCGUGGAUUAUAUUCUUCCUAUUAUGACCCAGCCGUAUGAUUUUAAACAGUUAAAAUCAAGACUUCCGGAGUGGGAAGAACAAAUUAUAUUUAAUGAAAACUUUCCGUAUUUGCUUCGAGAUUUUGAUGAGAGCCCUAAAGUCAUCCUGUUCUUUGAGAUUCUUGAUUUCCUAAGCAUGGAUGAAAUUAAGAAUAACUCUGAAAUUCGAAACCAAGAAUGUGGCUUCCGGAAAAUUGCCUGGGCAUUUCUCAAGCUUUUAGGAGCCAAUGGAAAUGUAAACAUCAAUUCAAAACUUCGCUUGCAGCUGUAUUACCCACCUACUAAGCCUCGAUCCCAGUCAAACGUCGUCGAGGUUUUUGAGUGGUGGUCAAAAUUUCCAAGAAAUCGUUAUCCAUCAACGCUCUAUGUAACUGUAAGAGGACUGAAAGUUCCAGAAUGUAUAAAGCCAUCUUACCGCUCUAUGACGGCUCUUCAGGAAGAAAAGGGUAAAACAGUGUAUUGUGAACAACACGGUGAGUCAAGUUCAGUAGACACAGAACCUGGAUUAGAAGAUUCAAAGGAAGUGGUGAAGUGGAAGCGGCUGCCUGGGCAGGCUUGCCGUAUCCCCAACAAGCACCUCUUCUCACUAAAUGCAGGAGAACGAGGAUGUUUUUGUCUCGCUUUCUCCCACAAUGGAAGAAUAUUAGCAGCAGCCUGUGCCAGCCGGGAUGGAUAUCCAAUUAUUUUGUAUGAAAUUCCUUCUGGACGUUUCAUGAGAGAAUUGUGUGGCCAUCUCAAUAUCAUUUAUGAUCUUUGCUGGUCAAAAGAUGAUCGCUGUAUCCUUACUGCAUCGUCUGAUGGCACUGCCAGGAUAUGGAAAAAUGAAAUAAACAAUACAAAUACUUUCAGAGUUUUACCUCAUCCUUCUUUUGUUUACACGGCUAAAUUCCAUCCAGCUGUGAAAGAGCUGGUGGUUACAGGAUGCUAUGAUUCUGUGAUACGUAUAUGGAAAGUUGAUAUGAGAGAGGAUCCUGCCAUACUGAUCCGACAAUUUGACACUCACAAGAGUUUCAUCAACUCUCUCUGUUUUGAUAUUGAAGGCCAUCACAUGUAUUCAGGAGACUGCACAGGGGUGAUUGUUGUUUGGAACACGUACGUCAAAGUUAAUGAUGUGCAACAUUCAGUGCGCCACUGGAGUGUAAAUAAGGAAAUUAAAGAGAGUGAAUUUAAGGGGAUUCCAAUAAGUUACUUGGAGGUUCAUCCCAAUGGAAAACGUUUGUUAAUUCAUACCAAGGACAGUACUUUGAGAAUUAUGGAUCUCCGAAUAUUAGCAGCAAGGAAAUUUGUAGGUGCAGCAAAUUAUCGAGAGAAGAUUCAUAGUACUUUGACACCAUGUGGGACUUUUCUCUUUGCUGGAAGUGAGGAUGGUAUAGUAUAUGUUUGGAACCCAGAAACAGGAGAACAAGUAGCAAUGUAUUCUGACCUGCCAUUCAAGUCACCCAUUCGAGACAUUUCAUAUCAUCCACUUGAAAAUAUGAUUGCAUUUUGUGCAUUUGGGCAGAAUGAGCCAAUUCUUCUAUAUAUUUAUGAUUUUCAUGUUGCCCAGCAGGAGGCUGAAAUGUUCAAACGCUACAAUGGAACAUUUCCGUUACCCGGAAUACACCAGAGUCAGGAUGCUUUAUGCACCUGCCCUAAACUGCCUCAAGGCUCUUUUCAGAUUGAUGACUAUGUCUCCACUGAUAAUUCUUCAGUGAAGAUGCAACAAGUGAAACAGAGACUCGAUUCUGUCACAGAGGUGAUACGAGCCUGUGCUGCAAAGGUCAACAAAAAUCUCUCAUUUACCUCAACACCGGCCUCCUCACAACAGUCUAAGUUAAAACAAUCAAAUGUGCUGGAUGCUCAGCAGAUUCUACGUCAGUUUGGUUUCACUCAGACCGGAUGUUUAAUUCCUGCACAUGCAGAUACUGGGAAUGCAAGAUUCAUUCAUACAUUCAAGAUUAUCAGCAUAGAAAGAAAGCCUUGUAACCAUCAUGUAGACACAGCACCAACGGUGGUGGCUCUUUAUGACUACACAGCGAAUCGAUCAGAUGAACUAACCAUCCAUCGCGGAGACAUUAUCCGAGUGUUUUUCAAAGAUAAUGAAGACUGGUGGUAUGGCAGCAUAGGAAAGGGACAGGAAGGUUAUUUUCCAGCUAAUCAUGUGGCUAGUGAAACACUCUAUCAAGAACUGCCUCCACAGGUAAAGGAGCGGUCCCCUCCUUUAACUCCUAAGGAAAAAGCCAAAAUGGAAAAAACUUUUCCGGCUCCUCAAAAGCAGUCAGUCAGGUCCCAGGAUUUCAGACUGGGCUCAGAGUCCGUGACACAUUCUGAGGUGGGCAGAGAGCAGAGCCGGGAGGACCGAGGACACAUCACGGACAUGCAGGUGAAGAAGAACGAGCAGACUGGCCGAAAAGUCACCCUCAUAGAGUAAAGAGUUAAAGAAGAAUGAUGAGAGAAAGAACCAAAAACACAGAAAUGAAAUGACAAAUUAAACCAAAUGGAAUUUCUCUUCAGAAUUUAGAAAUUUCAGAUGGCCAGGGAGAAAGAAAGGAUCCACUACUUCUUAUGCUUAUGAAAGAAUCUAGAAAAAUCAGCAAGGUAUGUGUGGAAAAAUAAAUGUUGCCUUUUGAGCUUAAUAGUUAUAAACCAUUGUGUUUGUUGUUGAUCGAAGUAUUGGUAGUUGUAUUUAUUAGUAAUUGCAUCAAAAUCACAUUACCAUUGUUGGAAAAUCAAUAAAGAAAAAACUGUAAUUGCUACUCAGCAAAUAUGAAGAAAAAGUGUUUGAAUUGUUAGGAUGUCCGUUCCAAGUGAUCAUUUAAUAUUAUUGUAUCUAUAAUGUGAUUAUAUGUGUGAUGUUGUGCUCAGAAUAUGAAAUAUCUGCUAUUGAAAUUUAACUUUAUUUAAAAUUAAAAGUAAGCAGCUUCAGGAUUUCGUGUAUUCAAAAUGGUCCCAGCAAGAAAAGCAUUAAAAGUAACAAAUUUGUUUGUUUAUAACUUGAUAUACAUUAAAAGGUAACAAAUGUGUUUGUAACUUGAUACACGUAAACUAAAAGUGGCUUUUGGCUAGACUGACAACAGUGUUCCAAACUUUUUUACUUUUUAGAACAAGCAUUUUUAUGUUGAAGUAUUAUAAGUGAUUUGUUAGACUUAUGCUGUUUAAUAUUUAUUUGCUCUUAGUACUUGUUUUUAAAUGUUUACAUUGCAUUAUUUAUUUCUUUAGUUCCAGAAUCACAGUGUCAUUACUAUGUGACUAUAUAUUUUGAAGUGUGGUGUUAUAAAAUAGGAAAAUUCAUCUCUUUGUUUUUUACUUGACUUUUCUCCUUUCUCCACUAUGUGAUUAUAAGCUUGUCAAUAUUUAACCCCAAGAAGGUCAAAACUAAUAUAAAAUUAGAAGACUUAUUUACCAAGUAAGACAAUUGAUUCUAUUAAAAUAAGAAGUGAGAAAAACAGGGCACUGAGGUGUAAAUUUUGCCCAGAUGUAUACCCGAUGUGAAAAGUCUUCUAGUGAAAAUAUAUUUGACUCUUAUCCCUGCACAUGUUAUAAAAGCAUGAAAAUUGGUGGUAAACAACCCCUUCUGUGUAGCGCUUGGGAGAGGGGGGUUGCCUUUGAAAGUGGAAAGUGGCACUGAUGACUGCAGAAGCCCUCAGUGAUCAGCACAGAGGACUGUUCUGAUAGCACCAGCCUCCCCUGUUCUGGACGCGUACGUCUGUGCUUCAGGUACAGCUACACCCAGCCAGCUUGAGUCAUCCUUGUACAAGCUUGUUUUUUCUGUCUUGUGAAUGUACCUGAUAAUUAAAAAAUUAAAAUAUGUGGCUCUCUGCAGUUUCAGCUCA